UCUCGAAAGUAUAUUUCGAUAGGUCGUUUCUAGUUAUUUCCAUUCCUCUCAACUUAUACACCUUGUACACAUGAGAAAAAUAAACAGGAUUUUAUAUAUUUUUCAAAACAUCUACAACAAACAUAAAAUUUAAUUUAUUUGUUUAAUUUAGAAUAUAAUUUUUAUAAAUGAAAUUGUACAUUUGCAUUCCUAUACCAACUAGAAAAGGUAUAGAAUCGUAGCACUUUGAGGUUAUCUUUGAGUUUAUCUUUUCGUGAAUACUUGUUAAAUAUUGCAAAUAUGUCUAUGAAAUACAAUGAGGGAUAUUUUGAUUUGUGUAUAAAUGCAUCGAAGGAUGGUAAUGCCUCCGAUUUACGUGAAAUAUUAUUAAAAUCAUAUAAGCUGGGAUAUAGGUCAGUGGCAAUUAAUCAAAUCAUAGAUGAAAGUACUUUUGAAACUAAAAAGAAAAGGAAAAAAUGCGACGACGAUUCACGAACGUUUCUUAAUCCAAUUGACGUCGAUGAUUUGGUCAAAGAAUUUGAAGGCAAACUUAACAUUUUUAAUAGAAUUACAUUUGCUUUUAGUGAUGAAGAAAAAACUCGUCUGUUGAAUCAAUGGAAUGUUUUAAAAAAGUUCCACGUAUAUUCUGUCAUACCAAAAACAAGCGAAGCACUUCAGUUCGCGUGUUCCCAAUUAAACACAGAUAUCAUUACUUUAAAUGCAUCCAGCACUCAAUUCAAAAUGACUAAAAAACUUUACAUGCAAGCUUUAGACAGAGAUAUACAUUUUGAAAUACAGUAUACAGAUGUGAUUAAUCAAGAAUCACGACAACUUGCUAUACAUCAGGCUCAUUUAUUUUAUGUUUAUGGAAAAAGCAAAAAUGUGAUAAUAUCGAGUGGGGCUAAUAAAGUUACGGAUAUCAGAAAUCCUUACGACGUUAUCAACUUGGCAGCUUUAUUGGGAUUAAACGAAAAUAUGUCUAAAGCAGCUAUUCUGUACCAGAAUAAAAAUCUACUUUUAAGAGCAGAAAGACGACGUUUCGGUAAAGUUUUCGCAAUAAAAAUAGAAGAAGAAGUAAAAGAAAGUGAUAGUACCGAUUCAAAUGCAAAAAAGUCAAAGUUAUGAGUACUGUAAAUAUUAGUGAAUUUAAUUUCCAAUUUAUUUUAUAUCUAAUAUGUAUAAAGAAUUAUUUAUUAUUAAUUUUAUAAUAAAAUAUUAAAAUAGGACUUAUUUUUUCAUUGGAAGUUACAAAAUGUCAAUAAGAUGAUUAAACCAAAGAAUACAGAAAUACAUACA